AUGCAGCGAACCGAGCUGCGGGACGGGGAGGCGGCGGCGGCCGCCGCGGCCUCUUACCGGGUGCUCAGCCGCCUGCUGGGCUAUGGGGCCGGGCCGGAGGCGGGAGCGGCGGGUGGUGCCGCUACCGGUGCGAUGGGUUCGGGGCCGUUGGGCCCCGGUGGAGGACGGCUGCCUAUGGCCGCGUUAGCGGGUGGCGGGGUUCUGCGGAGCCCGCGGCCUCCGCCGCAGCUGAUGGUGUUCCGCAACGCGGCGGAGGGGCGGCCCGGUGAGGAGGGCGGCCCGGUGGUGGGAGGCGGCGGCGAUGGUGGCGGCAUCGAGCUGCUGUGCCCGCGGCACCGCUGUGCUCUGGAGCCCAAAGCGGCGGCGAGGUGGGGAGCGGCACCGGCGGGCGGGCUGGAGCUGCAGCUGGCGGCUCUGGGACUACGACCGCCCGGGCUGGGCACGAAGGGACCGGCAGGAUGCCCCUGCCCGUGCCUCGGUCAGCCGCCCCCGAGCGGGCCCGCCGCCGAGGAGACCAGCGACGCGUUAUUGGUGCUGGAAGCGCUGGAGCCCGACGAGGCCGGGAGCUGCUCCGACGAGGAGCCCGGGUCCCCCGGCCGCGGAGCCGCCCGCGCAGCCGCCGCCGCUACCACCGGGAGAGGAGCCACCGGUACCGGCCCUGUGCCGUCACCUCCCGUCGCCCCCGGGGGAGCCGGCCCCGGCGCCAGGAAGGGCUCGUUGAGGAUCCGUCUCAGCCGCCUCUUCCGCACCAAGAGCUGCAGCGGGGGCUCGGCCACCGGGGACGCCGCCAUCACCGGCACCGAGGGCCGGCGCACCGGGGAGCUGCCGGCUUCGACCGGCAGCCUGACCGACGUCUGCGGGGCCCGCGGCCGAGAGCAGGAGGCGGGCAGGAAACACAAACUGACCAGAACCCAAAGUGCCUUUUCCCCAGUUGUGUUCAGCCCUCUCUUCACAGGUGAGACAGUGUCCCUGGUGGAUGUGGACAUCUCCCAGAGAGGACUUGCCUCCCCUCACCCUCCAACUCCACCUCCUCCACCACGAAGGAGCCUCAGCCUGCUAGAUGAUAUCAGUGGGACGCUGCCUCCAUCUGUCCUAGUGGGUCCAAUGGGCUCCUCCCUGCAGUCUUUCCCUCUGCCUCCACCUCCUCCACCCCAUGCCCCAGAUGCCUUCCCAAGGGCUGUGCCCCUGAGGAUGCCAGAGGUGAUGCCAGGCCAGCCCCCCCCAGCCCUGCAGUGUCCUCUCUACCGCCCUGACUCCAGCAGCUUUGCAGCCAGCCUGAGAGAGCUGGAGAAGUGUGGGUGGUACUGGGGACCAAUGAACUGGGAGGAUGCAGAGAUGAAGCUGAAGGGGAAGCCAGAUGGAUCCUUCCUGGUCCGAGACAGUUCUGACCCCAGGUACAUCCUGAGCCUCAGCUUCCGCUCUCAGGGCAUCACUCACCACACCAGGAUGGAGCACUACAGAGGGACCUUCAGCCUCUGGUGCCACCCCAAGUUUGAGGACCGCUGCCAGUCUGUGGUGGAGUUCAUCAAGAGGGCCAUCAUGCACUCCAAAAAUGGGAAGUUCCUCUACUUCCUCAGGUCCAGGGUUCCAG